CCUCCACAUUCCACUGCUGGUCUCUGUACUAACGUGUGUUGCCUGAACGCAGGAGUGGAUACAUACAUACAAGCACAAGAGAGGAUGAUCACCCUUCUGGCAUCCUAAAAAUGAUAAAUCUUCCGGUGAUGUGCCAUCCAGCCACACUAGAUCUGUGGACGCGUUUCUGCCCAGUGCAGCUAAGGUCAACUUGAGGUGGACAAUAAAUAAUGCAAGGAAUGGCAAUACCUAAGAAUGGCGUGAUCGUCAUUGCCCUUCUCCUGGCAACUAUUGUUUUGGAAACAGGGAAGUUCUCAGGUUACGUCUCUCUGAUGCCCUCUGAAGAAGAACACUUUGUACUUAGGGAGAAAAGGGAUGUGACGCCGGCUCCAAUUGAGUUCUACGUGGACGUGGAGCUGAAUGUUACCGGCAUUGAGACGCUGGAAUACCUUAAACGCCUCCUGGACAGCGGCACCUUCACCGUGGCCUUGGGUCCCACUGUCAACGUCACACACAUCGACAUCACCACAGUGUGUUCCCCGAAUGGUACCAACUUCCAGUGCAGGUGUGAGGAGCAGUAUGCUUGGUCCGAUACAAGCUGUAGCACGUACGGAUCUUGUGACCUUGGGGACACAUGCCGUUGCAUCAGCAGUAUUCCCACCAAUGGGGAGUACUGCCAGCCACAGACAGUACUUCCGAUUCUUUAUGAAUACCAGAUCUUCAUCGAGGUGAAAACCACGGACGCAGAUAAACUGAGGAACACCCUGAACAAUACACCUUUCCCUAUCCAAAUCAGCACCCAAUUAAACAUCUCAGAGGCUAAUAUCACCACAGUUUGCAGCCAAGAUGACACUGGGAUUCAAUGCCUAUGUGAGGAUGACCACCUUUGGCCAUGUGACAAGUGUGCCACCUAUGGGAAAUGUGAUAGUAAUACAACCAGCACAUGUGGGUGCAUUACAGCUGUUCCCAAAGAUGGACAGUACUGCCAGUCAGUACAUCAUCAAAACUUCCCCAUCUGUAAUGUUUCAACAACCUCUCCAUCACCAACAACUCCUCCAGUCGUCGAUGAGUACGUGAUUUCUAUUGAGCUGAACACCACAGAUGUUGCUGUCAUAGAACUACUGAGGAACAUCCAUUACCCAAUCAACAUAAUUGACAAUGUUCAAGUCUCUGACUUAAAUAUAUCUACAGUUUGCUCACCGAGAAGCGGUGGUUACCAGUGCAGAUGUGAGGACCAGUAUCGUUGGCCAUGUGACCAGUGUGUGAUGUACAUAUCCUGUGACAACAUCACUGAGGACACAUGUGGAUGCAUCAAUACCAUUCCUCCUGAUGGACAAUACUGCCAGCCUCCUGAUCAGUUUAACGUGACAGUGUGUUCUAUGACAACAACUACAUCACCAACAACUACACCUACUGUGCACACUACAACGCCCACAACGUCCACAAAUUCAACGACAACUCUUACACCAUCGCCAACAACUAAUACUACAAAUUCCACAACAGCAGUAACCACAAUAUCUACAACUACUACAACGAAAUCAACGACAACUGUUACACCUCCAACAACUUCUACCACUCCUACAGUCGUCUAUGAAUACAUGAUUUCUAUUGAGCUGAAUACCACAGAUGUUGUUGUCAUAGAACUACUGAGGAACAUCCAUUACCCAAUCAACAUAAUUGACAAUGUUCAAGUCUCUGACUUAAAUAUAACUACAGUUUGCUCACCGAGAAGCGGUGGUUACCAGUGCAGAUGUGAGGACCAGUAUCGUUGGCCAUGUGACCAGUGUGUGAUGUACAUAUCCUGUGACAACAUCACUGAGGACACAUGUGGAUGCAUCAAUACCAUUCCUCCUGAUGGACAAUACUGCCAGCCUCCUGAUCAGUUUAACGUGACAGUGUGUUCUAUGACAACAACUACAUCACCAACAACUACACCUACUGUGCACACUACAACGCCCACAACGUCCACAAAUUCAACGACAACUCUUACACCAUCGCCAACAACUAAUACUACAAAUUCCACAACAGCAGUAACCACAAUAUCUACAACUACUACAACGAAAUCAACGACAACUGUUACACCUCCAACAACUUCUACCAAUUUAUCGACAACUGUUACGCCUCCAACAACUAAUGCUACCCAAUUCAAUGUUCUAAUGUCAGUGGAAUUAAACAAGACAUACACAAAAGAAUUGAAUGAUUCAUCAAGUCCUGCAUACAAGGAACUUGAAUCAGAAAUUAAUAAAGUGUUAGAGGACGAGUAUAAAGGAAUCACAGGGUUUUCCAGAGUUUCUGUGAUCGGAUUCAGAAAUGGAAGCAUCUUUGCAGAUUUUAUUAUUCAGACAACACACGUUAUUUCGGAUGAAGUGGGCAUUGCAAAUACAAACCUUCCAGAAGCAAUAGAGUCUAUUGCUCCUGUUAUUGGCCAAGUUACUGCAUUGGUCAAAAGUGAAACUCCUAUCAGCGUACCAAACCUCACUUACACUGGCAAACCCAUGAGUAUGAUGUGUACGAUUUCUGACAAUCUGAAUGUGGGAACAAUAUCCAGUUCUUGUUGGACAUUUAAUAGAAAGAAAAUUAAUAGAAGUGAAAGGAUUACCAUACUUACUUCUGGUGUGACCUCUACCCUUACAAUUAACAAAGUCAUCCUUCUUGAUAUUGGAGUUUAUGAAUGUUUUCUGACGGGCCAAAUAAUAUCCUUCAGCCAAAACGGAGAUGUACAAACAAAUAUCAAGCAAGCUCCCAUUAUACGAUUGCAGAACAAAAUCAACGUUGAAUGUAAGGUGGGAAAGAAACAAUCCAUUACGUGUUGUGUGCAGCUUCCCUAUGAGAUCAAGUGGUUUAGAAACUCAGCUGAAUUAAAAUCUGAUAUCACCACUAACGAAGAAGAAAACUGCAUCAAGUAUGAUUACAUGUUAAAUAGCUGCAGCGAAUCACAGCCAAUCAAUUUCAUUUGUAAAGUUGACAAUCCAUUCUAUGAAAAAAAAACAGAGAUGAACAUUUUCAGAGAGGCUGCUGCUUGUAAUGAUGAUUUGUAUGGGGCUGGACGAGAAGACGACAUAUCAACCAUAAGAUGUGAGAAAGGUCAAGAAGGGUUUAAAACAGCCCACUGUGUGUCAGUAACGUGGAUACUUUUGGUGGACACCUGCAUCCUAACAGAAAUCAACGAGUUGUUUAUUAACUCAAUGGAUUUGGAUCCGGCAAACGUGGAGGAUUUUGUGGCCAAACUAAAUAUGACUGUCAGAAAGGAACAAACUGAAAUUGUUAAGUCAUCUGCAACCAUAUCAGCUAUUGUUGACAUCAUAGGGAACAUUGCAGCCGUUAAUGGUGAAGUCAGUGAAUCUGUCAUAAAGGGUGUACUUGAAACAGUUGACGUCAUCAUUAGUGAUGAUUCAAGAGAGUCUUGGACAUUUCUAAAUCAAAAUGAUACCAACAAUUCAAGCUCAAACUUACUGAGUGCACUUGAGGGCCUCGCUGGUGGAUUGGUCGGGGAGGUUUCCUUUGCGUCUAAACGGAUUCUGUUAAACAGAACAACAUUUAACAACUCCUUCACGGCAGAUUUGAAUUCCACCAUCACCAUAGAUCUACCAAACACCAACUUUAUUAACGUCUUCAUCACCACCAUCACCUUUCCUACCCUUAACAAUGUUAUGCCGGUGCGGAACACCCUUGAUGCAAGCCUCUUCAAUGCCACCAGCAAUGAGACGGUCAUUGAUAAUGCUAUCAACGGUGCUGUCGUGCUAGUCCAAAUAAACGCCACAAUUCCGAAUGUUACUCUGAGCUACAACAAGCUGAAUAAGUCGCUGUCAGAAGUCCCACAGUGCGUCUUCUGGAACUUUUCACUAUUUAAUAAUCGGGGCGCUUGGGAUGAUGACGGCUGUCGAUUUGUUUCGGACAUAAACAACACGGUAACCUGCUUCUGCAACCACCUCACCUCCUUCUCAAUCCUGAUGUCGACCGACAUCCCUCCACCAGAGCUAAGAGAAGCCUUGGAUAUAAUCACUUAUGUUGGGGUUGCAAUAUCUCUGGCAAGCUUAGUUAUAUGUCUAAUAAUUGAAGGAUACGUUUGGAAAGCCGUUACCAGAAAUAUCACUGCCUUCAUGCGUCAUGUUUCCAUCAUUAACACUGCCGUGUCUCUGUUGAUUGCUGACAUCUGUUUCAUCAUCGGAGCCUCUCUUGCUAAAAACCCCCUUGAAAACCCAGGGGAGGACUAUGAGGUUCCAGUUGGACCAUGCAGCACAGCAACAUUUUUCAUGCACUUUUUCUACCUCGCUCUGUUAUUUUGGAUGCUGGUGUCAGGCCUACUGCUCUUCUACCGGACUGUCAUGGUCUUCUCCCACAUGUCCAGGUCAACAAUGUUGGGCAUUGGCUUCCUAUUAGGCUAUGGGUGCCCCCUGAUUAUAGCGGUUAUUACUGUUGCUGUCACAGCACCAGGAAAAGAAUACAUCAGGAAAGACAAUGCUUGCUGGCUCAACUGGUUUGAGACACAUGCCCUGCUGGCCUUGGUGAUACCUGCCUUGAUUAUAGUUUCCAUCAACAUUAUAAUCGUAAUCGUGGUCUUGUUCAAAAUGUUGAGACGAGGCGUGGGAGACGCUGCCCAAAGAGACGAAAGGCACACACUGCUGGUCAUUCUAAGGUGUGUGGUCAUUUUGACUCCUUUAUUCGGACUGACCUGGUCUUUAGGAAUUGGAACCAUGAUAUCAUCAACAAAUAAGGGAAUCCACAUUGCCUUUGCCUUCUUCAAUUCACUACAGGGGUUUUUCAUUUUAGUGUUCGGGACACUGUUUGAUUCAAAGAUCCGUUCUAUCCUGUCAAGAAAAUUCCAAACAUCAAGCACAGGCUCAAAUAAUACAAGAACUACAAGUGGUGGCAUUUCCUCUUACAGUGGACUAAACUGGAUAAAUCGACUGCGUAGAAGAAGAAAUAUCUAUCAGAUUUCAGAAACGGCAAACUCAAACACCAAUGCAUCGGAGUCAUUCACCAAUAUCUGAGUCAAGGCAUUCAAACUGUUCACAUACAAUUCAAUUCAUUACUGAUUCAAAAGAUCAGCCAGUUAUUUUUUAUAAUAGCACAUUUAAAAAAGGCAUGACGUUUUCUAAUGAGAAAGCCUAGAAAAGCAAGUUUAACGUGUCUGAACCUAAAGCUUUGUGAUAUUUGAUUGUGAACGAAACUGAAAUGUUAUUUUUGAAACCUAUUCUUGUGCUGCUAACUUUGAAAUGUCAACAGAUUUUUGGUUUGGCAAGAAGCACAAAUGCCAGAAGAAGUAACAUGUAAAUACGCAACUUCUAAUUAUUUAAUGUCCCACAAUAGUAACUUUGAAACGGUAACUUUGUAAGUAAUAAAUACAUAUUUUUAGGUGAAUCAUAUGACGAGUUUCUAUGUUUCUCAUGAUUAAAUCACCAUUACCCUUUCUACGCCUAUCUAUUAAAAAGCUAACUAGAACAAAGUAAAUGG